AUGAGGAAGAUGGCCAUUAAUAAUUUAAUAGAAGAAAAUAAACAAUUUCAACUAAAACUUCGACAAUUAAUUAAUUACUUAAAAAUAUUUAAUCAACUUCAUCAAUGUCAACAAUAUAUUGACCAAAACAAGGAGGAAGAAAAAUUUAUUUUAAUUGUCUCUAAUCAGUGGGCAAAACAAUUAAUUCCGUGUGUUUAUCAUUUACAGCAAAUCAUUCAUAUCUAUAUUUAUGAUACAGACAAAGAUAAGAAUGCUGAAGAAUGGGCAAAUAAAUUUGAUAAAGUAAGUCAAUUAUUUUUGUGUUUUGUUCGUAACAUUAAUUUAAUUUGAUUAUAUGCCUAUAUAGUAGAGGUCGAGUACUUUUACUCUAAUUCUCGAGCGCUCUUCAUGUUGUUUGCAAGCCUGAGAUGUUGAAAUGCUCUAAUCGGGUAAAAUAUGAGUUUUUCUUGGUUGAUCGUCUGUAGCCGGCUAAUUGAUUCGUCACAGCUCAUGGCGAUUCAGACAAAAUCGCACUUAAUCACCGUGUCAUAUAGCAGUCUUGAUUAGUUGAUAAAUCGCUGGAAACUCCUCUUUUCUUUUGCUCGCGAUUUUAGUCAAACAGCGAUUAAAUGGACACCCAACCAACAAAGAACUAGCCGACCGUGGAUCAUUCACUGCGUUUUACUUUGAGUCUCGAGGAAAAAUUUAAAUUUGAAUGAUGAGACUUGUUAUUCGGAAGCCUCAUCAACUUCUCGAACGAAAAGUAGCUUUUUUGUCUAUAUUUCAAAGAGCUUUCUCGUCUCAAGAGAUUAGUACUAGAGAUCGGCACGAGCCGAACAUUUCUGGCCCGAUAAAGAAAGCGUGACACCAGAGCACGACCCGGCCCAACCGACCUUAAAAGUUUUACGGUCCGGCCCAAGGACAGAAGAUGGAGGUCUGAGUCCGGGCCGACCUUUUUCAGUUGUUCACAGUCUCUUGCAUCUUUAACGCAAAUAGGCUUGGUUGAACAAUUGCUAUAAAUGAGUUUCUAACACAACCCUAUCAGUUAAAUUUUCAGACUUUUUUCAAUCUUGUAUGCACUAGAUAACCUGUUUAUUGGGUUACAUAUUAGAAAAAGAAAUAUUACAGUAUUCAUCACGAACAUGCUUAAGCUAAAUAUAAUGGUUUUACUAAUGGAUUUAACUAGAAACAUUGUUCUAAAGCUAAGCAUGGCAUCUGUCACAGUGAUAAAAUGCUGUACUGCAAAUAAUAAAGUGUGUUAUUAAGAUCACCAUCUUCGAAAGCAUAUAUACUGUCAUUCCCAGCAAAAACGGAUGAGAUAAAAAAGUGAAAAAAACAUCGCCAUAUGGUAGAUUUGAACAAUCGACUGUUGAAUGUGAGGCAUUUACAGCACAGAUAGUAGACAAGUAGACUAUAUCAAUAAUCUCAGUGGGUAGAGCCAGAAGGUCACUUCUUAGUGUGUGCUUUAGACACCUACGCCCAAGCGUCAAAAAAAAAUCUAGUAUCGCCCGAUUCAUCUAGAUUAUUAGAUUUUUACUCGAUUGCAACUAGUGUAUAACGACAGUGGAAAUCUAGUAGCUGGGCGAUUAUUAGAUUUUUUCUAGUUGCAACUAUCGAUUUAUCGUCCGAUAAUCGAUCGAUUUAACUAUUACUAGAUGCACCUGCAGACGCAUCUAGUUAAAAGUCCCUUUUCCAACUAGUAAUCUAG